AUGCAGGGCGCCAUGUGGCGUCGCGUCCGGUCGGUGGGAGCUCCCGCGGGCGGACUCGCGCUUCUGGACUGUAUAGUGGGUGUCACGGCCGCGGGGCGGCAGCUGCAGGCCAACUUCGUGAGAAUCGAGUACGAGGAUCGGAGGGAUAUCACCAACGGGUUCAACACGUGGCGCGGGGGCUUUGACCCGUCGACGGAGGGGUACUGGGGGUCGCUGGCCUGGGUCGCGCUGCCGUUCUACGCACUGGCCAUCGUGAGCUUCCUGGCGUGGUUCUUCUUCUUCCUCACUCGUUUCUGCUGCUGCUUCUGCGGAAAGAGCUUCUGUCCCGCGGGCAAGCGCGAGGGCUACUCGUCCCGGCAGCGCGGCGUCCUGCGCGCGGCGAUCCUCAUGACGACGGCCGUCAUCUUUGUCGGCGCGUCCUUCAUCUGGCUGUCGUCGACCGGGAUCAAGGACGACGUCUCCGAGGGCUUCGUCGGCACGGUCGCGGCGCAGAUCGACCGUCUGGAGCUGUCCGCGGUGCAGAUAUCCGCGGGCGCCGACGCGGCGGCGGCCAACCUGGACGCGGGCGCCGACGACCCCAACCUGCAGCAGCUGCGGUCGCAGAUCAACUCGGUGGUGCCCGAGGUCACGCGCGUGACGUCGAAGAUCAAGGGGCAGCGCGAGAACGUCGACGAGGCGUUCGAGCGCAUCUACAUCGCCACGCUGUGCGUGAGCGCCAUCGUGGCGGGGCUGGCCGUGGUGGGCGCCGUGGGCGCGGUCUUCAACCUGCCGACCUUCCUGGCCACCGCCGCGGCGUUCUUCCCCUUCUUCCUGCUCAUCAGCUUCCUGCUCGGAGGCACCGGCCUCAUGCUGCACACCUUCUGGGACGACAUGUGCAUGGAGGGCCGCGGCGUGGCCGCGGACCCCACCACGGCGCAGGCCCGCCUGCAGACCUUCUUCCCCUGCCCGGACCCCUCCAUCGUCGACAACGCCAUCUUGCAGUCCAAGACCGUCGCCAACGCGAUGAUCCUCGAGAUGAACUCGCGCCUCGAGGCCGAGUACAGCAACCCGCAGUGGUCGCCGCAGCCCACGCGCAGCAUCCAGUACAUGUGCGAGCCGUACGACCGGAACUCGCUCCAGACGAACGCGUGCCCACUGGGCGCCCCGCCGGCCGAUGCGCCAGUGCCACAGCGCGUGCGUGCGGGCCAGUUCCCGGAACGCUUCGGGGAGUACCGGUGCACGGCGUCGACGGACCGGGACACGUGCGCGCAGGACGCACGCCUCCUCGACGGCCUGUGGCUCUCCCUUCGUGGGAAGGACAACGCGACGCGGACCGUCAUCGACACGUUCACGACGCCGACGGGCGGCGCUCUGGCUCCGCUGGCGUACCUGAGCGGGUGCUCCGUCGUCGCGGAGCUGUGUGUGGAGGUGGUGGAAAACGACUGCGACGCGGUGGACGACGCGCUCUUCUACUUCUGGGUCGGGUUCAGCAUCACGGCGCUGGGACUGAUCGUCGGGUCCGUGGUCUUCGUCCUUGGCGUGCAGCGGCUGCCGUCAUAUGCGCUGCGGGUUGAGCGCGUGGAAGAUGACACCGCCAACCUGCCGGGGUUCGACGGACGGAAGCCGAGGACCCGAGCGCCGGGCAAAGUAUAUGUGGAGGGGAAGGCGAAGGCGGGGGACUGGAGAGAAGCAUACGGAUGA